UCUAAUUAUUAAGUAAUUAAAUCCGAGAUUAUGGUGUCCAGUGUGUGAAUGAAUUUCUAUGGAUAAAAAAUAUUGGACAGUGUUUUUAUUUAAAUCUACAUAAAGUGUUGGAUUAAAAAAAUAUGAAAAGUGUGAAUUUGUUUCAUUUGUACAAUUGUAGUACGUUCGUUUUAAAAACUAACGUAUCAACAUUAACAAAAUUAAAUUACAGCGAACUUAUCUCGUUGUUAGAUGAAACAUUGCCAUUGUUAAAGGUAUCAGAACAAGAUGCAUUUUUCGAAUGUUUUCACGGUGAACAAGAACGUCCAUAUGAUUUACCAUGGUGGCAAAAACUUUCAUGGUCAUUGAUCUUUGCUAUUAUUUUAUUAAUAGCAACCGGUGGAAAUAUAAUCGUCAUGUGGAUAGUACUUGCACAUCGUCGGAUGCGUACAGUUACCAACUACUUCUUGGUAAAUCUCUCGUUGGCAGACCUGAUGAUGUCAUUAUUUAACUGCGCCUUUAAUUUUAUAUAUCUUCUUAACUCUAAUUGGCCCUUUGGGGUCGUCUACUGCACCAUCAACAAUUUUAUUGCACCCGUGACCGUCGCUUCAAGUGUCUUUACCUUAGUGGUAAUAUCUUUCGACAGAUACAUGGCUAUAAUGUAUCCUUUGAAAAGACACAUGUCCCGAAGGAGAACUAUAUUAACUUUGAUUUCAAUAUGGACAAUUUCGUCCAUCCUAGCUAUACCCAGUCUGUUAUAUUCUAAGAUCACAAAGACAAGAUAUUCAAACAAUAAAACAAGGAUUUCUUGUUAUUUAUCUUGGCCAGAUGGAAAAUAUUUGAAUAGUAAAACUGGAUAUUCCUAUGAUAUACUGUUUUUCAGUAUGACAUAUCUUAUUCCAAUCGUGCUAAUGGCUGUUUUUUACACUCUGAUGGGUCGAAAAUUAUGGGGUUCGAAGUUCAUUGGUGAACUUACGCAUAAUCAAAAAGAAUCUAUUAAAUCUAAACGCAAGGUGGUGAAAAUGUUCAUCAGUAUCGUUACGAUAUUUGCAAUAUGUUGGUUUCCGUAUCAUGGAUUUUACAUAUUCGUUUAUUUCAGUCAAGAUUUCGUUCGUACGAGUUAUGUUCAACAUGUUUAUCUAAGCUUUUAUUGGUUGGCAAUGUCUAAUUCUAUGGUGAAUCCUAUCAUAUAUUAUUGGAUGAAUAAUAGAUUCAGAGUAUAUUUUCAAUUGAUAAUUUGCAAAUGUUGUUGUACUUUGGAUCGAACGAACGUGAACAGCCCACAAAUGCGAGAAUUUAUAGAAUUACAUCGUUCCGGUCAGGAACGUUGCGGACGUUCACAAUCAACAUCGAUAAGAUGGCGUCAUUGUAGAGGUGGAAGUCCCGUUCGAACAUGCAGGGUGGAUUCUCGUUCAAAUAACGAAAAUCGUUUUACCAAAGAGGAAAUGGUUUUCAUUUGA